UAUUCUUUUUGCGUUUCUCUUCAGGUCGGAUCCCACUGAAAAUGAUAGUAUAGAGGGUUUGAGACCAAAUGCAAGAGGACCUGGUCUCGUAACAUUUGGGCCUGAUCGGGUAACAGAUUUCUGCAAGAGGAACAAGUUGCAACUUAUCAUAAGAGCUCACGAGUGUGUUAUGGAUGGUUUCGAACGUUUUGCACAGGGGCAAUUAAUCACCCUUUUCUCAGCAACCAACUAUUGUGGAACGGCAAACAAUGCUGGGGCAAUUCUGGUUGUUGGCAGAGAAUUGGUCAUUGUCCCUAAAUUAAUUCAUCCUUUGCCACCUCCUUUUCAGUCUCCCGAGACUUCUCCAGAACGUGUCACCGAUGAGACAUGGAUGCAGGAGCUUAACAUUCAAAGACCUCCAACUCCUACAAGAGGUCGCCCACAGCCAGAACUCGACCGGAGUUCACUCGCUUAUAUAUGAUACAUAUAUAUAUUUGUACAUGAAGAUGUUGUUCGAAAUAAUAUCCUCAAGGAAGAAAGAUGACUGUAGUUGGUCCGAAGUGAAGCAAGUGAAACCGGUUUACACAACACCAUUACAGUCGAGCGAUUGUUGUAUUCAAACAAAUGUAAUUUUUGAAGACACUGUUGUUUUAAUAUAGUAAUUUAUUAACGAGAGAGUAUAAGGUGAGAUCGAAAUUUGAUAGAAGAUGGACUUUCUGGUGUAUAGUGGAUAACGCAUGAUAAGAGAAGAUUGUCAACCCCUCUCUUUGUUGUGUAUUUAUAAGAAUUGGAAAUGACAUAUUUUUAUGUAGCCAGCCAGGUGUGUGUUGUUGGUUUUAAAAUAUUGGAAAAGAAAAUUAUUAAAAAGAAGAAUGUGUAUCAACAUUAUAAUUUUAUAAUGGAAUUGCAUUUUCUUUUGGGGUGUC